GACAGAGGCGGUCUAAAGUGUAACGCUUUACGGGAUUGGCCUCACUGGGCUCCCAUCACUUACAGGACUAAGAAAGUGCCAAGCUUGAAAUUCUUCCUUUUAGCGCUGCGUGUGAGGGACCAAGUGUGCUGCGCUGCUGUGUAAUAGAGGAUGGACCCUCAAAGUGUCCUGUGCCUGAUGCUGCUAGUCCUAUGCACUGGAGAGAUACUCUGCAAGCCCACCUUCCGAAAGGAGAGGAUCCGACUGGACCCGGAACUCAACAGCCAGGUCCAUGAAGAAAACCAGAGUUUCCAACAGGACCAUGAGGCUUUCCUGGGCAAAGAUGAGGCCAAGACCUUUGAUCAGCUCACCCCUGAAGAGAGCAAAGACAGACUGGGAAAGAUCGUCAAUAGGAUCGAUAGCGAUAAUAAUGGACUCAUUAACACAGAGGAGCUGACGGCAUGGAUCAAGCGAGUACAAAAGAGAUACGUUUAUGAGAAUGUCGCGAAAGUUUGGAAUGACUACGACGUUAAUAAAGACAAUGCGAUCUCUUGGGAAGAAUACAAGCAAGCCACGUAUGGGUAUUACUUGGCAAACCCUGAAGAGUUCCAAGAUGCGGCCGAACAGUUCAGCUUCAAGAAGAUGCUGCCCAGAGACGAAAGGAGGUUCAAACAAGCAGAUCUCAAUGGGGAUUUAGCAGCAAACCGGGAAGAGUUCACUGCGUUUCUCCACCCGGAGGAGUUUGAACAUAUGAAGGAAAUUGUAGUAUUGGAAACACUGGAAGACAUAGACAAGAAUGAGGAUGGGUUUGUGGAUGAAGAUGAAUAUAUUGCGGACAUGUUUUCACAUGAAGAUGGUGGCCCUGAGCCUGACUGGGUAGCCACAGAAAGGGAACAAUUUGCAGAUUUUCGAGACCUCAACAAAGAUGGAAAGAUGGAUAAAGAGGAGAUCAGGCACUGGAUUCUUCCUCAGGACUAUGACCAUGCACAAGCCGAAGCCAGGCAUCUAAUCAAUGAAUCAGAUCAAGAUAAGGACAAACUGCUGACUAAGGAGGAAAUAUUGCACAACUGGAACAUGUUUGUGGGAAGCCAGGCAACCAACUUUGGAGAAGAUCUCACGAGAAACCACGAUGAAUUGUGAACGUGGAACUUGUACAGACUGUGACUUUUUAGCUACGUCUCCUUGCAUUUGCACCAACACUUUUAUUACCUCAAGUUGGGUAAAAAUACCCUUUUUUUUUUUAAAAAAAAAAAAAGCAUUUGUAAGCGUUCUAUAAGAGAUACAAAUUCGAAUAAGACAACUAAUCCUGCUGUGUAGAAUAUUGUUUUAAAGAAUGUAAAGUGCGGGGGGAAAACACAGCCCCAGGGGUGUUCUUGGGACCAUUUACACCAGAAUACAAAUUGCUGGUCUGUGCUAGAAUAUGUUGUAGCUAAUAUAUAGGAUAUAUUGGAUUUUUAACUGUUUGCAAAGGUGUUAUAUGCAGAGCAGGAAACCAGAAGGGCCAAGGGAUAUUUAAAGGGGUUGGUCACCUUUGAGUUAACUUUUAGCAUGUUGUAGAGUGUGAUA